AUCUGUGCAGGAGAUGUAUUGUCCGAAAGCCAGAUCAGAGGAAUCGUUGACAGCGCCGUCAAAGAAGAACUGCAGUGUAUGGAUGGUUCUUUGGAAAUCCCCACCAUGCCAACAUUCAGCAGCAAUGCCAGCACUUGCAUUCGAUCCUUUCACCAAAAAUUUGUUGAGGACAAAUCGGAUCCCGCUGUAUGCUCGUAAGUUUAAUUGAAUCAAUAUGUCUUUUCUAAUUUUUUAUGUAGGGGGGAGGGGAGGGAGGGGAGCGAAGGAGCUUGAUGCUAACCAUGCAUCCAAGGAAUAGAUCCGGUUAACUAGCGAAGAGUCGAACAACUCUUCAAAACGUCAAUUUAAAGUUAAGCAUUACAAUAAAACCCAACCUGAGGAACUUUAAAUUUUCCGAUCGUGGCUGUUUUUUUUCUCCCUUUUAGGAGUAAAAAGAAGCAAUCUCGCAUUAUCAUCUUCGCCAUCACUUCCCCCUUCCUUUAAUGUUAUGUUGCUGUUGAAUUUUCGUUGACCUGCUGUCGUCUUAGACAUGGAAAAAUGGACCCCCUCUCCCUCAUUUCGAGUUUUGUUUGAUUUCUCUGACAGUUCACCGGUACCUUUUUGCACUCCUGGGUGGACAGGGGCGACGUGAGAAGAAAGUGUCUUCCUUAAGGACACAACACAAUGACUGGACGAGGUCCAGACACUGAUUUCUUUUCUAUUCAGGGAAUAGCGCACCAAACAGUGUGCUACGUGCUACCAUUUUACUCUCUAGCUAUAGAGGAACUUCUUUCUUUCAGUAAUCUAGUGAAUUUUGUAUUUACCAGGGCACAGACUGAAGCGAAGAGGUGUGUAAAGAACCUGAUUGAUUCUGACUGCAACUUCCCCUCUCAGGCCAAGGAAGUGCUGGACUUGGGUUUCAGUGACUAUAAUCCUUUCUACGCAGACAAUCGGGACCCUGGGGCGACCGGAAGUGAUCAGUGCGAUGGGGUGCAGGAUAAAAGCGGCGAUGGACUGAAAUAUUUCAAUGCAGGCAAUGGAACUAAGCCCGGCAUACUGCAGACGCUGAUGUUUACGUCCUUUUCGUUGUUUUUCUUUUUUUAA